CCAACCAUUUGAAAAGAAAUAGAAUGAACCACUUGGAUGUGGAACUGUUUCUACACAACGCAUUCUUUUCUUUUCAUCCACUGCAAGAGGCUUCAGCGCCCUCUCUCCCCUGUCGGCAGAGAGUCAGAGCUGCCGCUGCUCUAAUCCAGCAGCACUCCCACUAGUGUGGCAGCAGAGGAACAAGGACAUGCCAGUCUCCGGUCCACUCCUGAGGGUGCAAACCAACGCGGAGCACCAGGCGUCAGGGCUCCUCGUUACCCGACAGGGGAAUAGAUUCUAGAAAGACUGACAGGACGGCGGGAUAUUUGAUCUGAACCAACACCUCAGGCAUGACAGAUUGGGAUGUUCAGCACGUGCUCGCAGUGUUUUUCUGUUCAUCUUAACACCAUGAGAACACAAAGACCGUCAUAACCGAGGAAACUCAUAUCUCAUCAACUUGGCUCUACAAGCACACGGACAGACCAACCGACCAACAGACUACAGAAACAACUGUUGCAUCAUGGGGAUUGCGGUGUACAACAUCUCGGCCACCUCGGCCAGAGUGAGCUGGCCGUCGUCCCCCGGCUGCCUGGACACCUUCUAUAGCGUCAUGUAUGACCCAAACUGGAAUAGCCUGCUCAUGGGAUACAAGCGCAAGAGUUUCAUGCAUGAGGAACGCAUCCCCGUCAGUCACACCAGCACGCACCUGGCCAACCUCCUCCCCCAGACUGCCUACUUCUUGUGCGUGACGUGUCAGGCAGCCAAUCCGGUUCGCGACCAGUGCCAGGUGUUCAGCACUCUGAGGGACGGCAGAAAAGCUCACGACCGGGCCGGGUGGGAGCUCGCCAUGGGCGUCUGGCUGACCUGCUGCAUCUUGCUCCUGGUCAUCGCCGGCAUACUGUUGUGGGGGUGUCUCCACUCCAUCUGCUCCAUCCCCAGUCAGAACGCAGACGGCUGCCAUGUUGUGACCCACUCAAACCGCCAAGACAUGUCUGGAUCUGGACGCCUCUACGCUCCCAGACGCACCAGCGAGGACAGCGCCAAACAUGCCAGCAUCAUGCAGCCCCCCCUGUCCACGCAGACCACUGGCAACAUAAUUACCCAGGACCACGAGCUGAGGACACUCGCUAAGCUGUCUGGCACCGAGCCAGUAUGAAUCAACUGGAUUGAGGUCAUCAAAGCAUUGUUGUGCCCAGACUGAAUUAUCCCAGAGUUUUUUCAUCCAAUGUUUAAAUUCUACGGAAGCCCAGAAGGUGUGGUGGAGAAAAAAAAUAGAAACUAAUCUGUGAAUGAUAAAUUACUAAUCCGUGCUCUCGAUUUAUUGUCUCUUGUUUAUUAUCUUUAAUGCAUCUGCAGUUGUUGCACUCAAGAUUUCAUUAAAUGGGUCUUUGUGCAAUGAAAAUAAAGGUUUAUCUGUUCUUAUCUCUCAUCUUAAAACUCUGUGCUCUCUUAAUAAUUUGUGCUUGCCCUUGAAACAUUACUAAUAUUAAACACACACACACACACACACACACUUUAUCAUCUGUUCUUCUUGCCAUACUGCAACCAUGACACUGCAAGCUUUACAUGUAUCACUUUGUGCAUCUUGUACAAAAGAAAAAGCAUUUGGCUGUUGCAGUCAGACAACUAACCUCAGGCCAACACCGUCAGAUCGAAUUCUUAUUAAGUUUGACUAUUUGGAACGGCCUUCAGUAUUCUACUAAAAUACAACAAAUCUCACUUUGAAUUAAAAAAACUAAAAACCCUGGCAUAGAUUAAUGCACAAGAGAGCCUGGCAAGGCUGACCAGAUUUAUUAAAAAAAUAUGUCAUGCAAUUGCAUUGUCAACUGGACAAAGCGACGCCGAAGCAUCAUGAAAAAUGAUGCUUUACGAAGCAUUAUGAAAAAUGCAUUAAUAUUACCUCUUAAUAUACUCAGUAAAUGCCCUACUUAACUUCAAGUCUCCAACAAGCCUGACUUUCGACGGCGAUUCAGGCAUCACGUAACCGGUUUGUGGUACGUCUUAUUGUAUCAGGCUACAUUACUACAUGAUUUAAUUCAAAGUUAUUUGUUAUUAUUUUGGAUCAGGGAUGGGGGACUUCUUCUUCUGCAUGCCAGAGAGCCCUGAACUUUAAUUUACCGACAGUUUCAAUGUGUACGUGUUUUGUUAUUUAAUUGCCUGCCCUUUUAGAACAGCUGUCUGGGAGAAAUGUCAACAUGGGAUUGAUGGAUGAUGGACAGUCAGGUGACAGUCUGAUUUCAUCCACAUCCCGCUGCAUCCUCUGACCUAGCAGGAAUGACGCACUAAAUCAAGAGCACAAACGUUUCUCUGAGACACCCGUCAGGCUCUUACUGCGCCACUCCAAAGUUCUCAUUGAUAAAUGUUCUGCAAAUG